CCUUUAUAAGCCUCUUCCCACCGUGCCUCCUCUUCUUCCUCUCAACUCUCUCCAUCCCUCCCACUCUCCACCUCCAACAACCUCUGUUCCGUUCUCUCUCUCUCUCUCUCAACACUCCAAUCCCACUUCUCCGUUUGAUUAACAGAAAACCAAAUCCCCCUCCAAGAACAUUCCAAUUCCAAUUCCAAUUCCCAUUCCUCCGUUUGAUUCCGAAUCCCCCUCCCCAAUUAAAGAGAGAAUCAAACCCCAUGGCAUCGACUCUGAUUUCGAAUCCCAUAGCCACCUCCGAUCGAGCUCGGGAUUCUUCUAGAAGGAAAAAGAAGAAGAAAAUCCAGCCCAAGCAGGACCACCUCCACCACCAAGAACCCGCCCACAGCCACGCCAAGUGGAAGUCCGAGGCCCAGCAGCACCUCUACUCCACCAAGCUCCUCCACGCCCUCACCCAGGUCUCCAUUAACUCGGCACCCGACUCCUCCACGGCCGCCGCCAACUCCUCCGCUUCCUCUUCCACUCCACGACGCGGCCGAGCCGUUCGCGAGGCCGCCGACAGAGUUCUCGCCGUCGCAGCUAAGGGUAAGACCCGCUGGAGCCGCGCCAUUCUCACCAGCCGCCUUAAAAUCAAGUUCCGUCAGCAUAAACGGCAGAGAUCCGCCGCGGCGUCGGGGACCGGGUCGACCCGGCCCAAGAAAUCCAAGUUCAGUGUCCACCGGCUGAAAGGGAAGGGCUUGCCGGCCGUGCAGAAGAAAGUACGGGUUCUGGGGCGGUUGGUUCCCGGUUGCCGGAAACAGCCGUUGCCGGUGAUUCUAGAUGAAGCGACUGAUUACAUCGCGGCUCUGGAGAUGCAGGUCCGAGCCAUGAGCCGGCUCACUCAGCUGCUCUCCGGUUCAACUUCCGGCUCCACUUGAUUGGACGGCUUUGGCAAGUUGCCAUUUGUCCGAAUAUCGAUCAAUCCUCUUUUUUUUAUUAAUUUUUUUCUCUCUUUUUUCCAUUUGUCCUUUUUCGCUCUCUGUGCAAGUAAUUGUCAUUUAACCUGUUAUAUACACUAUGUCCAGCUCUUUUCUCUU